UGUCCCUUGUUCCAACUGUCGGCUCUGUGAGCUUGUUUGAACCCCACUGCAGUUCCUCAAAGCAGAUGUACUACUGCUCUAAAACACACUUGUGUCAGUCCUGCCAGACCGACCAUCCGUACAAACCGUUCUAUCACGUUCUGGAGCUGAUCAUACCUACCUUGCCGGCUUUAGCUACCGACUUAAACACCGCCGCCAGAAGAGCGACUUAAAAAAAACGGAGAACGAAUGAAACUAACGUUCACGUUGGUCAACGCAACCGAAUCUGUCGACCAACCGCCACCGACGGUGACGUAUUGUAAUGGAGGAUUUCUUGUGCACGAAAAGAGGAGGAGUCUAUUUGUAAGCGAAAGGGGAGAACAGUCGGUAGAGUCCGCAAAAGCACAACUACUCAGUUGUUGUGGCAUAGCUCACUAACGGUAGUUUAACCGGUGAAGGCUCAAACCGGUGGACUCAUAACACAUCCUGACCGCAACGGGUUGUAACUUACACAACAGAGAUUUCGACAGCGGCAGGAGGAGGAGACAGUCUACAGACAACCCUUACCCUACAGACCGAGACUGGAAAUCGCGGGAACAUCGCUAGGCGACGCGAAGAGUCGAUUGUCGGAAGAAUUCUGUGGUAAAUCCAUGACCAGGACCCUUUCGGGUUGAAGGCAGCAAUGGAAGUUGUUGUGACCGAGGAGAAGAAGAAGAUUUUCCGUGCUAGGAAAACCAUGAAGAUCAGUGAUCGACAGCAACUGGAGAGUCUGCACAGCACUUUGUUGACAGCAGCUCCAGGUAUGACCGACGCAUCGCCGCCACCGCUAAUGAACGGCACGCACAAAGAGGAUGGACUGAAAGCAGGCGACAAAGAGCAAAACAACAUCUCGGACUCCAACUCACCCCAAGCUACAUCCCCUGCCUCUCCUGCUCCUUUCUUGUCCCUCAAUCUGUCCCCUUCGCCGGCAUCUUCACUAAGUCCAAAAUCAAAGGAGGAAACUCCUGCUUCUCCCACAUCACCAUUCCACUCUCUAAACUUUGAACUGAAAAAGAUGGAUGAGGACGAGCAGGACGAGCAGGAGGAGAAGGACGAGCAGGAGGAGAAGAAAGGUUCGUCCUCAUCGAAAGUGUCCGUUACACCAGCAGCGACCGAAUCCAAGGAAACCCAGGAAAAAGACACCGAGGUGACCCCAGAGAUGGAAAAGAAAAGGGAGGACCAGACUACAACAGAGGACCCAGCAGUGGAUUUGUUGAAGGAUUCUGUUAAUGGUUUGGCUCCAUGUUCGCCUGUACCACCUCCAGUAUCUGACUGCACAGAACCUAUGGACACAGAUAGUGACACUACAAAGGCCGAGGACCUUGGGGCCUCCACAGCCAAAAUAAAAGAUGAAAAGACUUCUUGCCCCAAAUCUACCUCUUCUGAUCCCUCUCUUCCUUGUCCUUCCUCGUCUCAUCCAGCGUCCUCUUCUAAAGAUCUAAAACAAGAAAAGGAAAUCAAAGAGGACAUAAAUGACAAGGAGGAUAAAAAAGAGGGUGUGAAGAAAGGAUCAACAAACGAGGAAAAGAUUGAGGGGGUAGUAAAAGUAGAGACCAAAAAGGAAAAAACUGAAGUUGGACAAACAAAAAAGCCACCUCGGCCAUCUUCCACCCCACCAUCUAAUACAGUAGUGCAAGAGGAGAAGGGCUCCACCUCGGGACUGAAGCGCACUUUAUCAGAGGGUUCCGAAAAAGAUUGCCAAACCGUUAAAAGGGAGGGGAAGAGGCCCAAGGUGGAGCGUGAGGAGUUGGAGGCACAACUGGAACUCAAAUUUACAGCAAAAGCUGGCGCUCACCAUAAACUUGAAAAGAUGGUGCAACAGCUACUAGAGGAACGGUUGAGGGCCUUGGAGUUGACCAUUUUUGACAAACAUUUCCAAGAGUUGAAGGACAGAGUAGACAAGAUUGACUGUGCCACUAAACACCAAACCGCCAUUACCACACUCCAAGCCAAGAUAAGCCGACUAACAAAAAAGUUUGGAGAGGCCAAUCAGGCGUCGGAGAACAAAAGGAAACAGGAGGCGCUUGCUGCUGCUGCUGCUGCUGCUGCUGCUGCUGCUGCUGCUGCUGCCGCCAAGACUGCAACUGUUGCAAACAACCCUCAAGUUCAACGGCCCGUCCGUACUUCCAUGGAGUUUAAGCAGAUUCCAACAACUGUUUCUACGUGCAGCACAGCUGCAAAUCCACAUACGCUAGCUCUGUCAGCUCCCGCCACAGGUCUGGCCCAUACACCCACCUCCAGUGCCAUGGUUUCACAGGCCCCCAUCCUCCAGCUGAUCACCACCACCACCUCUAAUGCUGGCUCCACCUUGGCCACUGGCAUCACCACUCAGAGUCACACAGGCACCCUGCUGCUGAAGACGGCCUCCGGGAGCAGCCUUAUGGCUGCGGGCCAGCCGCUCCUCAUCCAGCUGCCUUUAUCAAUGGCUAAUGGCCAGGCAGGAACGCUGGUCAACAUCCCUGUCUCUUCUUUAUCUGCAGCCAGCUCACUCGGCAAGUCCAAAACCACUACUUCCACCGCCACUUUUAUACUCAAGCCUGCUCCCGCUAUUACCACUUCACCAGCCUCUGCCCCAGCUGUUGCUACUGUCCCAGCGCUCCAGGCCUCCACUGGCCAGAUGUCCUCUGCUCAGCUCUCUCUUGCCCGUGCUGUGUACCAGGGGGGUGCCGGCGGGAUAACGACACCCAACGCAGGGGUAUCUGUGACCACAGCCAGGACGCCAGCUCAGUCUGUGUCUGUAGCAGGAGCUAUGUCUUCUGCCUCUUCACCUGCAACCUCGGGGCCGGCAGCAACAGGUUCCACCGCUCCAGGACCGCCACAAGGGACGUCUCUAACAUCAAAGACAGACAACCAAGCUACAGGAUCCACUCCAACCAAAGCAGCUGCUCCGGGGGCACGACCCAAAGGCUCUGUCAUUGAUCUCACCGAGGACGAUGAUGACGUACAAGUGACAGGAGUAAAGAAUGCCACUGUUGCAGCUCCCUCACCUACCCUGCGUCCUAACCCGGUCAUCAGCAUUCCCAACAGUGCAGGACCAAGGUCGUCCCCGCAAAGCAAUCAGAGCUCUACCGGCAAUCCUCAAUUGACAGUCCACCACCGCCCCCCACUGGACUCUCCACUGAAAUCCCGCACUGUAACCAAUAGUACGCCAACCCGAGUACUGCCCCCUCUCCCCGCUGCACCCGCACCUCCACGCUUACCCCCGGAGGCUGAGCGGACCUCACUUCCUCAGCAACCUCAGCUGAAGCUGGUGCCAAGUCAGACCGGUAUAGUGCUGUCCUGGUGUGUGGCAGAAACUGAUCGGACCUGUGCAGCUGUAGACAGCUAUCACCUCUAUGCCUUCCAUCAAGACAACUCCAACAGCAGUGCAGCACAGCAGCACUGGAAGAAGAUUGGGGAGGUAAAGGCCCUUCCUCUGCCUAUGGCCUGUACGCUGACCCAGUUCCAGUCUGGCUCCACUUAUCAUUUUGCUGUUCGAGCCAAAGACAUCUACGGGCGCUUUGGCUCCUUCUGUGAACCUCAGUGCACAAAUGUCAUCAAUUCCAGCUCUAGCUGAGCAGUUAAAGAAUGGAAACAAGUUUUUGCAUUUGAAAGUUCAUGACUUCUUUUACUACUUUUUAUGUUGGGAACUCAAAUAGUGUGUAUU